AUGGCGGUGGCUGCGCUGUCACAGCUGCCCUGUGUGGUUGCACAUCAAAAAAAGUGCCCCCCCACACCCCACCAAGAAGUGUCAAGUCUACAGGUCCACGUGGCCUUGUGCAUUGCAGGCAUUGUUCUGAUGUUCAGUGCCAAUUCUCUGAUGUGGACCUUCUUUAGCCGGGGCCUCAGUUUCUCCAUGUCAUCAGCCAUUGCAUCUGUCACAGUGACCUUUGCAAACAUCCUCAGCUCGGCCUUGCUGGGCUAUGCGCUGUACGGCGAGUGCCAGGAGGUGCUCUGGUGGGGAGGCGUGUUCCUCAUCCUCUGUGGGCUCACCCUGAUGCACAGGAAGUUCCCACCUGUCUUGAAGGCCGCUCCGAACAAGCAGCAGUGACAUCCUGGGCGUGUGGCAGGAAGAUGACAGUGGAGUCCCGCCUCGGGUGGGUGUGUCCUGCGCGACUACUUUGGCCAUCUGGGUGUGCAGCACGCUGACUGUCACCACAGGGAGGUGCCAGGCCUUGAAGUCUGCCAGGCUGCCAAGGGGCCAGGCCCCACCCGCAGCUGCGAGGGCACAACCACCUGCCUGUGCCAGGAACACCUGCAGCGGCACUUUGACGCAAGGACCCCAGGGCCACCGCAGCAUGCCCCCAGAUGCAGGCGUCCUGGAUUCUGGGCCGCACCAGGUGGCAGUUAGUGCCACGCCACAGCCCAUUCUAGGCUGCCAGUCAGGGCCCUCCUGGGGGCUUUCUGACUUUUUGGGCAUGUGUUACACCAAGAGGAGGAAACCUGGGUUAAUAAAUGUUUUUUGUAUGGUAAAGCCCCCGGGUCUG